AUGCCACUAUACGUCGAUCUAAAACAAGCCGCCUUGCGUCAAUAUUAUCGUCGUUUAAUCUGGUUUCAACGUUUACCAAUGAAUCAAAGACUUCUUUUUAUUUGUCUUGCAUCAAUUUUUAUUUUGGGAAUGAUUAUUUUCUAUCGUUCUUAUCCAUCAUCUGAUUCAAUAACGAUUAUAUCAGAUACACCAGUACGUGUUGAUUUUUAUGUUAUGUCAAAAUGUCCUGAUGCAAGAAUAUGUGAAUUAUUAUUCGCUCCAAUUUUAUUAAAAUUAUCUUCAAUUAUUAAUUUUACUGUAUCUUAUAUUGCACAGGGAAAAAGUUCAGAUGAAUUUACCUGUAUGCAUGGUCCAGAAGAGUGUCUCGGUAAUAAACAACAAUUAUGUGUACAACAUAUGUGUUCACAAACAACGUUAAUUAAAUUUCUUCAAUGUCAAUCGAAAAAUCUUGAUAACAUUCCAACUAAUGGUGAACAAUGUGUUAAAGAAGUAUCGGAUAAUACAUUAAAAUGGUCAGAUAUUGAUACAUGUGUUAAAUCAAAUAAAGCCAAUGAAUUAUUUCAUAAAUCAUUAGAAAAAACACGUUCAGCAUCAGCUAAAAAAUCUUGUACAAUCUAUUUAAAUGGAAAAGAUUGGUGUACGCAUGAUGGUGUUUGGUAUGGAUGUUCGGAAGGUUAUGAUGAAAAGAGUUUAAUCAAAGCCAUUUGUUCAAGAUAUAAUGGACCUAAUAAACCAAUUGAGUGUAACACUGCUAUGUAG